AUGAUGUGGCAGGACGACCCUCGACGCCGAAGACCGGCCGAUCCUGAGCCAGAAUGGGUAGGAGCGUUGCAGAGGGUGGUGAGAUGUCAAAAGAUCCUCGACUCUGCCAACAAUGACCUCAAAAGAGAAGAGUUCACAUUUGUCGCAACCUGCGUCGACGAGCUCAUCGCCACGAUGUCACUUGAUGAUUAUGGCGUGACUCACAACAAACAAUUAGUGACCAACCAGUUCCAGCGUAUCGCACAGAAUCACGAUGCGUUCAUGUGCCGCUCCUCUCUUUUCGACCGUGCUGGUACAGGAAAGCAGAGGCCAGCUGGAGAUGAAGAGAGUCGACAACUUAGCGCAAAAUUGCACAGUCUACUCGGCUUCCCGCCAUCCAACGCUGGAAGGAGAGAUCUCUCAACAAAUCCGUAUGCCAGAUCGCGUGUAUACGACCUACGAAACUACACCGAUCAGAACGAGUGGGGCCCUUUCCGUGACGAUAGCAGCAUGCGAGUGGACUGGGAGAUGAUCGAAAGCAUCAUGAUUGUCAUCGGCUAUAACUCCUGCUACUGCACUCAUACCGUAUCGAACAAACUUCGCCCACCAUGGUUUGCUCCACUUGAUGGUGUGAUUCCAGAAGACGACCAUCAGAUGAGCGCCGCACGAAACUAUACGGCGUUAGUACAUGAACCGGAUAUCUCUCUCAACAUGAAGGAUCCAUACGGAGUGGAAGGUAUUUGGUCACGUAUCGUUUGCUUCCUCGAUUACAACGACUUGUACCACUACAACUUCAGCACCGAGGCGAUGAAAGUUCCUUCCGAUGAGCCUAGAGACGCGCUGAACACCGAUGAAGCCAUCAGACACAUCAUCAUGGAUUUGCGCAUCACAGAUGUCACAGCACCAGGGCCUUUCGAUAACUCAAAACUACCCAUUGUGCAUUUCAGAGGCAAAUCGAAGUCCGUAGAUGCGCAUUGGGAUCCAAAUGCCAACUCUGGUAUUCGCGGUACUGUCAGUCUGACAGCGGAAGGAGAGGUUCGCUGGCAGACUAUUUCGGUAUUCCAAGGCGGUGAGGAGCGAUGGCGGAGUGACGGCAUUCAAGUUGACUUCGAUGCUCAUGGCCCUGCCGGACCGACAGCUUUCUGGAAAGUCAGUGAGAGGCCAGUCGAUUCUGCAGAUGAGGACAGCGAUUCCGAAGACAGCUUUUGGGAUAUGUCAUGA